CGUGGAUCAGCUGGAGGAAGCUGCUCCGCUCCCUGUGGGUUCAGGUCCACUCGUGUUCGAGGCAGUGAGUUCUGUGAUCCAUCCAGAUGUUCCAGAUGUGGUGCUGCAGCCGCCAUGGAGCGGCUGUUCUGCCGGGUUGGAGGAGCUGCUGCCUCCUGCUGCUGGUUCUGCUGCGAUGCUGGGCUCUGGACCACAGGCCUGGAGGAGCCCUAACUGUGGUGGAGAGCACCAUGGGGGGAGGAGGAGGGACUGGUGAUGAAGACCCGGAGGGCACAGUGGAUGAUGAAGAUGAUAAUCUGGAGGUGCUCCAGCCUAACGAACACUGGCAAACACUCAAACCAGGCCAGGCGGUACCAGCAGGCUCCCAUGUGAGGCUGAACCUGCAGACUGGUCAGAGGGAGGUCCGACUGGGAGAGGAGCAGCUGAAGUACUGGACUCAGGAGCACAGGGAGCCGUCCAUUGAUCCAGACGAGCUAAAACGAGCGAUGAAGAAGAUGAAGGAGGAGAUGAAGAGUCAGGACUCAGCAGUGGCAUCCCAGUUCCGACCGCUGGAGGAGUUGAAGAAGGAGAUGGCUGAGCUGGACCUGCUGGUGGAGACGGAUGUUCAGAUAAUGAAGCGCCUGCUGGAGCAGUUCAACAGCAGCAGCAGCAGCACAGAGCAGAGGCUGAGCAUCCUGCUGGAGCUGGAGUACCUGGUGCAUCAGGUGGAUAACGCUCAGACUCUGUGCUCCAUGGGGGGCCUGAGCCUCAUCCUGGACGGUCUGAACAGCUCCGACAUCCGCCUGCAGGAGAACUCCGCCUUGGUGCUGGGAUCCGCCGCCGCCAGUAACCCGGUGGUGCAGGUCCACGCCGUGGAGGGCGGAGCCCUGCAGACGCUCCUCACAUCGCUGGCCACCGCUCAGCAGCUUAGCGUCAGGAAGAAGGUGCUGUUCGCACUGGCCAGCCUGCUGCGUCACUUCCCCUACGCACAGCGCCACUUCCUGUCCCACGGCGGCCUGACGAUCCUGUCGGAGCUCUUCAGGGCGGAUGUAGGAGGGAUCCUGAGAACGCGUAUCGUCACCAUGUUGUACGACAUGAUCACGGAGAAGGUGCUGAUCUUCCAGGCCGGACCGGACCCGGUCCAGGACCCGUCCCAUGAAGAACGGCAGCGUCAGUACGCCCAGGUGUCCCUGCAGGAGGAGCUGAUGGAGAAGGGCUGGUGCCGCCUGGUUCCCCAGCUGCUCCAGUCCUCUGAGCACGACUACCGGGAGAAGGCUCUCCGGGCUUUGUUGGCUAUGGCGCCCGUGUGUUUGGACCAGUACCGCUCGGACUCGUCUCUGCUCGGUUCUCUGCACUCCCUCCAACUGCAGUACUUGGAACUGGUCCGGUCCGAGACCAUUCUGGGAGACGAUAGCAGCUACUUUACAGAGAUGGUGGAGCUUAUCGACACCCUGCAGGUCAAAGUCAGGUGACCGGGAUGUUCUACUGGAUCGGGCCAAAUAGCCGGACCCCCUGUGGGGGUCUGGGAUGACUGGUCCCACUAGGUCGACUGGUUCCACUGGGUCUGAGAUGAAGAUGAUUUCUUUUGUUGAAGAUCCAUGAUGGAUUUCUUUGUGGUCAGACUGGACCAGAACCGGCUGUUCGUCCAUCUCCCUGCAUCAGGCGUCCCCCGGAAGGUUCAGUCUGACGCUGC